AUGGGUAAAUGGAACAAAGGUAAAAGAAAGCAACAAACUCCCAGUCAGUCGCAAAUAUCUUCGCGAUCGCCAUCUCCGAGUCGGUACUCAGCUUCGGCCGUGCCUCAGCACUACGCGAACGCGAACAUCGAGAGAAUCCUGCAGCUGGCGCAAAUAAACGCGAACGAAGUCGUUAUAGACGCUCGCAAGGAACGCACCAAGAAACUGAAAACGGCGCACGCCGAAGCCGAUAAAGACGUGCUAAAGCACAGAAACGAGAAAGAUAAGGAGUUUCUUAAAAUUGAGGAAGAGUUAGAGGACAAGAUGGAGAUGAUCACCAAGAAAAUAGAUGGUGAAACUAACGCGCAAAUCGACGUACUAGCCGGAAGUGCGAAUCAGAAGAAAAUAGACUUGGUCAAACAGCUUGUCAGAAUGGUUUGCAAUAUUAAACCAUCAGUACACCCAAACUUUUUGCUAAUGAAGUCGGCAAAUGCCCUUGAUAAUUAA